GUAAUUUUUUUAAAAUGUUCAACUUUUCCCCCGCCGCCAGCGGCGCCCGUACGUCCCGACAUCACAGGGACCGGAACACAGAAGCCGGAUGCCGGCAUCAGCCGGAGGAGAUGGCCGGGGACGCUGCAGGGGACACAUCGCGGGAGCGAAGGACAAGGUAAGCUCUGCAGGGACUCCCUAUGCAGCGCCGCAUGGUAAGCCCGAGUGUAGCUCAGGGUUACCGCUUUUGGUACAGAAACUUUACCCCGAGCUACACUCGGGAAUACUGCCAGGGAGGUUAAUUUGACUGUUAGGGAGAGAUUUACUAAAACUGAAGAGUGAAAAAUCUAUGCAGCUCUGCGUAGAAACCAAUCAGCUUCCAGGUUUUAUUGUCAGAGCUUCACUGAACAAGCUGAAGUUAGAAGCUGAUUGGCUACCAU